AAUAGUUGUUGACGACGGUAAACUUUAUCUUGUCUAUUUUAUUGAUCGAGAUGCUGUUGCUGAUGGAUACGGAAUAGUUGUGACAUCAUGAGCUUCGGGUCAUCCAUGAGGUUCGAGGUGGGCGGCCAGGCUGGGAAGCCAGCUAUAUUCUGGGAUCAGGGCAAGAAGCCAAACAAGACCAGAAAGUUUGGCUACAAGAGCAAGGACAUGCGCCACCCAAUACGAUCUAACCCAAAUGAUGGUGAUCCAUUUGAAGAAGAGGUGUAUGUUUAUCGCCAUGACAAUACAACGUCUAAGCCAGAUAUGGUUAAUGCCACUGCAGACAAGAAGCCACCAAAUCCGCCCCGACCAGAAAAGGAUUUCAUUCGACGGAACCGAGAACGCUAUGCUGAAAAGAAGAAGAAACAGGCAAAUGAUGUGAAGGUGGAACACCCAAUGGCAAACACUGUCACUCUAACACAGGACCAGUUGAAUGCUAUCUUGGCCUCUGUUGGGAAGAUGGCCUCGGGCAAGGAGAAUGCACUGAGAAUUAGCAUAGAUAAGGAUAACAAUGAGAUCUCUAUUGCUGACGCUGAAACAGAGAAGACUGACCAACAGAAGGCUUCUCCUCGAGAAGAAGACAAGGAGAAGAAGGAAGAAGGCAGUAUCUUCUCACUUCUCAAUGCUUCCAAGAAAGAUGACGGGCAAGUUUCAAGUCGCAAACUAAGAGCAGGACAUGUGUCUCCUCGAAGGAGAGAUGGUAGACGCCAACACAGGAGACGGGACGAUGAUGCAUCAGAGUCUGUGUUAUCUGUGAAAGAGAAAGGCCGAAAAAGUCAAGGGGGAAAAUCUAACAAAUCUGACAAGAAGGUUGUUGAGUCUGAGUCAGGAGACUCACAGGGAAAGGAGAAGUCAGAUGUCACCAAGUCAGAUGAUGCCAAGGGAGAUAAUCACGAGGCCAAGGGAGAUAAUAAGGAAGACAAGCAGGAAGGUGGUGACCAUGUGCUUUUCUAUGAGAGUCCACGGGUACCAUGGAAACACAUGACAGUUGCGGAAAAGAAGAGGCUCCAGUGGGCUCGGGAGAGAGCUGAACUGGUUCAGAACUAUGAUCCCUGGGGCCGGCCAGGAGCAGGUGCACCCCUCCGGACCAGUGGUGGGGACGUGCUAGCUGACUUCAAUACAAGAAAGGAUGAGCUGAACAAAUCUGUGGAGAAUCUGCCAGAAAAGAAACAGACAGCAGCAGCAACAGACACACAUCAGACAGUGGCAGACAGCAAGCAGACGCCACAUCAGACAGUGAGAGACACCAAGCAGACGCCGACUGCAGACAAAAGCAAAGAUAAGGUGGGGCAGGACAGAGGUGGUGCGCACUCUAUUCUGGAGGGCAAGGUAGUCCUGGCAGGUUUUGUCAUUGAUGAGGACAAGGUUCUAACUGCGAAGCAGAGUGAAAAGAAAAAGUGGUUGGAAGAACUUGAGAGACAGAGAGAGGAACAGCGGCUGAAGAAACAGAAGAGCAAGGAGCGAGACAAGGCUGGCCUGGAUGACACCUGGGCUGACAGAUUCGGCUCGUACAAGCCUGCUCCCUUGCCAGAACAAGAGACUGUCGUCCUCGUCAUCGAUAAGAGAUCAUCUCAUCUAGAAUCUUCCAGUGCUCCUGACAUUGCUGACUCACAACCUGCUGCUGUAAGGAGCUCAUUUAAAGUUGGCAAAGCUACACCAAGUGAUGAAAAAAUCCUUAAAGAUAAACAGGAUGAGAAGCGCAGGUGGCUUCAAGAUCUUGAGAAGCAGAUGGAGGAGAACAAAGCAAGGAAGUUGCGUGACAAGGAGCGGGACGCUGAAGCUGAGACAUGGGCGGACCGCUUCACCCAGAACAUCAACCAGUCAGCACUGGACAACAGUGAUCUGCAGGACACCAUAGGUCGAGUCAGUGAUCUGCAGAACACUGUAGGUCGUGUCAGUGAUCUGCAGAACAACGUAGGUCGAGUCAGUGAUCUGCCAGACAAUGGCGGACGUGUCAGCAGUGCCCCACAGGUUUCUGCCAGGGAUGCCGAUGACAUGAGUUACUUGCGAGGUCAGAACGUCAUGAUUGAUCCCAUCACACGCAAGGAGCUGGAACUGAAAAAAGAGAAAUACGUUCAUCACCAGGAGGCGUUGCGUAUGCAGAUCGAGGAGAAGGAGCGGCGGAAGCGCGAGGAGCGUGAACGGAAGAUGCGAGAGGAGAUGGAGGAGGAGAUGAAGAUGAAGAGUGAGAGAGACAACUUGCAGAAUCAGUUUGAUAAUGAACAGCAGAAGAUACGCCAGAAGGAGGAGGCCCGACAGCGGCGGAUCAACGAGCUGAAGAUGGCAAUGGAUGAGGCCCAAGAGAAGGCUCAGCAAGAGAAGCUCAUCAAGAAGAUGGAGCACCUGCGUCAAGGGGGACAUGAUAUCAGCCAUCUCAAGGCCCAUCUUGAUGAGCCGGACGCCAGACAGUCUGUGUUGUCUGACCUCAGUGACCCUGUGGUCAGCGCACGCUCACUUCCAGCCAUGUCCCCUCGUGUCCAGCAGGUGGAGCCUGUGCAUGUUCCAAGUCUUAACCUCACUUCAAGACAAAGCCAUGACUCCAGCAACACGAAGUAUGGUCUUCCAGAAAUCUCAUCUCGAACUGUGGAUUUGCCCCACCCCGUCGUGGGGAGUCAUGACCCGUACACAGAGAACAGAGUCCUCACUCCAAGUAGGUACCGGCAUCCCAGUCAGCCCCCGCGCCCCGACCCUAGCUCCCCUAGGCGUGAGAUCGGGACACAGACUCUUGGCCAGGAGGAGGUGAUGAGAGAAAGACAGGCAGAGAAGACGAAGAAAGUGCGUGUGAUCAGUGCUAAGAAGGAAGAUAAAGCAGAACUGAAACGCGGGAGGCAAAGGGAAAGAGUCGCGAAAGAACAUCAAGGAGACAAAACCAAAUGGAACUACCAAAACCCCAAGCUUCGCAGGAACGUCAAACAGUCGGAGCGAGAUCCUUUCUAUGAAAAAAAGCGACAGAGGAGUGAGGAGAGGAGGAAAAAGAGGGGGAAGGAGUUACUUGCUCUUGUUGAACUCAAUAAACCUAUUAUUCCUGACCAGGUGGGCAGUAACAGAUCACGUGGUCCUUCGCCAAAUAAAGAAGGAUAUUCACCCAGGAAUGAGUAUGAUACAAAAUAUAGAUCACUUUCGCCAGAUAGACAAAAUGUGAAAAGACGGAAUAACAAUAGUUUGUCCCCCCACAGGAGUCAGGAGAGGAUGAGGGGAGGACAGUCACCGGGGAGGAGGCGCUCACCCUCGCCCCCCAUCCCCACCCUCAGGACUAAUGAAGUGUCGGGACUCUCCCCUCCUGUCCCUGCCCUCAGACACAAGCGUGAUGUUGGCAGGGGCACCCAGGUCCUCCGUCUGGACAAUGGUUAUGAAAACAGUUAUGACAAUGACCAGUAUAGUUACUCCAACUACAAUCCCCCAGCCAGUGACAGGAAGUCCAAACAAGGCCAUUACCUUGAUAGGAACCCUAUUGAGGCACCAGUUGAUGGGGGGGAUUUUGUACCCUUUACUCGGACCACUGAGAUCCUUGACCCAGCCAGAGCUGUCGAGCCCAUGCAGUUGUCGCGGGAGAACAGUAAGAUAAAGAAGGGUCGGAAGGCGUAUGUGGAAAACCAUAAUCCUGGUAGCUAUGGCAGAAGCGUGGAGAAUCUCCACGACAAAACAGACAAGAAUGAUCCCAUCCUGAACCCUGACCUGGUCAAAGGUCACCCAACAGCCAGGCAGGACAUGAUCCUGCAACAACUGUCCACUCUCAAGAAGAGUCUGAUGCAGAAACGUCGAGAGGUGGAGACGUGCAUGUCCCCGAGUGACCUGGAACGGUGAGGGGAGUCAGGACAGGCGGCAUCUAGUCAGACCAUCGUGGAUGGUACAAGCAUCAAACUGGGAGGAACUUCUCAACAUGUUCAUGAUAUUAACAUAUGUAUAAUGUAUUUGUAUAUAGUGAUAUUGUAAUUGUAAUGUACAGAUUAGAGUGAAAUGAAGUCAAUGUUUACAUGUUUGUGGAACCCGUUUAUAUUUUUAUAUACACUUCCAUAAUAAAAGUAGCAAAAGUUGUUUUUGGGAAGACAUUUGAUAUAUUUUUUACAGUCAGAAGAAAUGUUUUUGUUGGUCAUUAUGUAUGUACACAUCUUAAGUGCUCUUGAGUGCCGUAAUGGAUAUGUUGGUGUUUUUGUGAAUACUUACGUGUUAAAAAGUGCUUAAUUUGAUAACAAGGGCAAGUUUGUUACAAUAGUUUCUUCUCAUAUGGCAUUGUGAUAUUGGUUGGGCAGAUCCACUGUCAAAUAACACAUGAGAGAUAGAACAGAUGUUUUUUUUGACAAUUGGUCACCAUAGGAGCAGAUUCAGGGCGACAUGAUCUAUGUUCAACAGUACUUAGCAAGGUGGGAUGUUUUUUUUAAAGUGAAAUCAUAUAAUCACCGAAAAUGUAUCUGUUAUCUCUAUUCUGUUCUUUUGUAGCCUUUGAUAAUGAUUUGAAAAUUGAGUUUAAAGUUAUACAUAAAUUCUUCUAAAUAACAUAAGACCAAGAGAGUAUUAGUAUUAUGUAAUAGUGUUAUGUUUUAAUCCUUAACUAUUUAGAGGUGUAUUUGUUAAAGACAACUAUGAUGCACUCAAAACAGUUACAAAUCACAUCAUGGUUUACAUUGACUGAAUUUCUGCUGCUGUGAAUUGUCGUUUAGAAUAUCAUCACUAAGUAAAGAUGCUGUCCAACUCUUGUUAGUACUGAUAGUAAUCAAAUGUUAAUAAUAAUAAUGAUAAUUUAGCUAUUAAUGGUUUUUUUUUAUCCAAAAUAUUCCUCAUUUAGAAGGCAGGACCACUGUUAGGAAUUAGCCUGAGUUAGGUAGACUGCCUCUUGUGAAGGUGAGAAAGACCGCAGGUCUAUCACUUUUAACUUCAGACAGAUGGCUUCUCUUCAGCCUAUUGGUUUUGUGGAUGAGUGAAAAUACAAAUUCAUUUCUAAAUCUGAUCAUGUAUCCUUUCAGGCCUUGAUAGUCUGACUCAGUAGGUUGUUGUGAUGUCCCUCUUCUUUUGUUCCAUUCAUAGGCCCUCAGUUGCAGGUGCUUGGACUGGUCAGUUACUUCCUGUAAUCCCUAUACCUAUAAUGCCUGUAUUUACCAAGCACAACUGUGAUAUAUUUAUUGGUAUGUCUACUUACUUAGAUCUGUUUUAGUAACAGAAUGUGUUUGAUAUCAAAUAAAAUAUCAGCAUCAA